AUGGCGGACACGCGGCGGACUGAAAAGACGGGCGAGGACAAAGUGGCUGAAAGCGGCCAGAAGAAGAAAGACAAAAGCAAGCGGGUCGCCGAGGACGACCGCGACGAGAUGUUCCCGAUGAAUGCGUCCGCCGACGAGGAAGAGUCCCAGAGCGAGUCCAGCGUUUAUUCGGGACUCGAGGAUUCUGGGAGCGACAGCGAGGAUGAGGAACGAGCGCGGCGGGAGGACGACGGUCCGAACGACGACGGGAGAGAAGAAUACGAGCGCGACUCGUCGGACGAAGAAGACAUCAGGAACACGGUGGGCAACAUUCCCAUGGAGUGGUACAAAGACUUCCCUCACAUCGGCUACAAUUUAGACGGCAAGAAGAUUUUCAAGCCCAUCAGGAACAAGGACGAGCUGGACGAGUUCUUGGACAAAAUGGAGAACCCCGAUUACUGGCGAACGGUCCACGACAAGCAGACCGGAAGCGACACGGUGCUGUCGGACGAGCAGGUGGCGCUGGUCAAGCGGCUGCAGCGCGGGCAGUUCGGAGACGCCGACUUCGACGAGUACCGGCCCUCGGUGGAUUUCUUCACCCGAGACGUCAUGCUUCAUCCCGUCACCAACCGGCCGGCCGACAAGCGCAGCUUCAUCCCGUCGCUGAUCGAGAAGGAAAAGGUAUCCAAGCUGGUCCACGCCAUCAAGAUGGGCUGGAUCAAGCCCCGCCGAGCGCGGGACGACGGCCCGGGGCGCUACUACGACCUAUGGGGCAACGAGGACUCCUCCCAGGUGGCCAAACACAGGAUGCACCUGCCCGCCCCCAAGAUCCCCCUCCCCGGACACCAGGAGUCCUACAACCCUCCGCCGGAGUACCUGUUCACGGACGAGGAGCGGGCGCUGUGGGAGCAGCAGGACCCUUCGGACAGGAAGUUGCCUUUCGCUCCCGUCAAGUUCGCCAGCCUGCGCCAGGUUCCCGCCUUUCCUCGCUUCAUCCACGAGAGAUUUGAACGCUGCCUGGACCUUUACCUUUGCCCCCGCCAGAGGAAGAUGCGGGUCAACGUGGAUCCCGAAGACCUCAUUCCGAAGCUUCCGAAACCUAAAGACCUGCAGCCCUUCCCCACUACCCAGUCGCUGGUGUAUCGCGGUCACAGCGGUCUGGUUCGCUCCAUUAGCGUUUCUCCGUCAGGACAGUGGCUGGCAUCGGGAAGCGACGACGGCACCGUCAGGUUCUGGGAGGUCAGUUCGUCCCGCUGCGUCAAGGCGGUCCAGGUGGGGGGAGCCGUGAAGAGCGUGAGUUGGAACCCCAACCCGGCUUUGUGUCUACUGGCGGUCGCCUUGGACUCGCUGGUGCUGAUCCUGUUGGCGUCGCCGGCCGAGCGACAGACCGUCCUGCGCUCGGAACGUCUGCUGGCCGCUCACCGGGAGGCCGAGCAGGCCGAGGCGGCGGGGCCCGCCGUCUGGAGCGACGCGGAAGGCGAGGAGCACCAGAGAGGCGUUCGCGUAAAGAUCCGACAUCCCAAAGCGGUCCAGCAGGUGACGUGGCACGCCAAAGGGGACUACCUGGCCUCGGUCAUGCCGGACAACUGCAGCCAUCAGCAGGUGUUGGUCCACCAGCUCAGCACCAGACGCAGCCAAAAUCCCUUCCGGCGUAACAAAGGCCUGGUCCAGUGCGUCUCCUUCCACCCCGUGCGGCCCUAUUUCUUAGUGGCCACUCAGCGCUACGUGCGCAUCUACAAUCUGGUCAAGCAGGAGAUGACCAAGAAGCUACAGGCCAACUCCAAGUGGAUUUCCAGCAUGGCCGUCCACCCGGGAGGCGAUCACAUCAUCUGCGGCAGCUACGACUGCCGACUCAGCUGGUUUGACCUGGAUCUCUCCACCAAGCCUUACAAGAUGCUUCGACACCACAAGAAAGCGGUGAGGGCCGUGGCCUACCAUCGACAUUACCCGCUCUUCGCCUCGGGCUCCGACGACGGCGCCGUCAUCGUCUGCCACGGGACCGUUUACAAUGACCUGCUGCAGAACCCGCUCAUCGUUCCGGUCAAGGUUCUGAAAGGUCACGCGGUCGCUCGUGAACUGGGCGUGUUGGACGUGACCUUUCACCCCACGCAACCUUGGGUCUUUUCGUCGGGCGCCGACGCCACCGUCCGCCUCUUCACCUAG